AUCCAACCCUCUUUCUUGCCCCGGAAAUGUAAGGUCCCCGGGGCACAAGCCGCAGUCUUUGGAGGGCGAAGUGUCUUGAAGCCGGGGCCGAAGGCGCCGCGAACAUGGGCCGCGAGUUCGGGAAGCUGAUCCGGGUGAGGCACAUCAUCUCCUACAGCCUGUCCCCGUUCGAACAGAGAGCCUUCCCCAACUACUUCACGAAGGGCAUCCCGAACAUGUUACGCAGAACGCAGGACUCCAUUCUGCGGGUCGCCCCGCCAUUUAUAGCCGUUUACUUCAUCUAUACCUGGGGAACCCAGGAGUUUGAGAAAUCGAAGAGGAAGAAGCCAAUUGACUUUGAGGAAAACAAAUAAGGAACAAAGAGGGAAGUGCACGGAAGUCUUGGUUCCCUGGUGUUCAGCUCUGUGACUUGGGGCACCAAUAGAAGAAGAGUGUGUAAAGAUAGCUUGAAAAUAUAAUAAACUUCACAAUUCACAAAUUGUAA